AGAAGCAUCAAGCGUUAAGGGUCAUCCUGAGAAGGAUCAUUCGUUGAGGGUUCAAGGUAGCCAAGCCGAAACUUUAUCAAAUGCCCAACUAUUAAGUCACUCCAAAAAUAUUAUUGAACUUUGA